CACCUAUAUAGUUUCAUCUACGCUCUCCUCUAAAACCCUAGUCUUCUCCGCCAUCAGAAAAACCCCAAACUCUGUCACCAACUCACACAUUCACCACCGGGAGAUGGGAAGCGACAGCGAGAACGAAAAGAGUGCGCAUAAAGAGAGGGAGAAGAAAAAGCUCUUGGCUCUUGCUCCCAUUGCCAAACCGCUCGCCGGCAAGAAGCUCUGCAAACGCACCCUCAAACUUGUUCGCCGAGAUUUUUGUGCGUUAUGUUUUGAAAACUCAGCUGCCGAGCGCAAGUGCUUGAAGAGAGGAGUUAAGGAGGUCGUGAAAAGUAUUCGCCGAGGAAACAAGGGGUUAUGUGUUAUUGCUGGGAACAUAUCUCCUAUAGAUGUCAUCACUCAUGUUCCCAUCUUGUGUGAAGAAGCUAACAUCCCAUAUGUCUACGUUCCAUCAAAAGAAGAUCUUGCAAAUGCAGGAGCCACAAAGAGGCCGACUUGCUGUGUACUGGUGCUGCCAAAGCCCACCAAGGGAGAAAUAAGCCAAGAGGAACAGGACAAGCUGAAGGGAGAAUUUGAUCAGGUUGCAACGGAUAUAUCCGAACUUGCUAACUCAAUAUUUUGAUGUUUCUAGAAUUAAUUACUCUAUGAAGUAUGUAUUUUCAAAUUUGUUAGGAAUGUGAGCUACGAUUGAGAUUAUGAAUUUUGUUCUGUUCAUUUUCCUUUGCCUAUUCAUCACGUCGCUUGGGGAUUGUGCUGGAGUUGAGGAUCUCCUGCACUUUUUUUUGUCUCUGCUUUGUUGUUGGGGACUUGGGGGUGGAAUAUAACUUGAGCUCAUGCAGUUGAAGAUGUCAUAUACUCACAAUACUAUUUGUCCAAGUUCUUAAGACUGAAGUAGGAGUGAUGGAAGGGUGGUUUGUUUAUCAUCCCUAGUUUUCUUGGCCAAAUGCGACGUUUGUUUGAAUUUCACACUUCAGUUGAACAAAAAGGUUUUACCCAAAUAAUCAUUAUUGUGCUG